AUGGAGAAUACUUAUACUUCUUUGAUGCCAAGGGUCAUACAAGAGGAGUUAUUCAUCCAGGUAGAUAAUGAAGAUGUAGAAUCUGUGAUUAAAUUAAAUAAUGAUCAGUUAAUUGCAUUCAAUGCAAUUAUGGAUGUUAUCAACAAUAAACAAAGUCAAGUUUUCUUUGUGGAUGGACCAGGAGGAACAGGUAAAACAUUCCUUUAUCGCACUUUAAUUGCAAAUGUGAGAAGCAAGGGACAAAUUAUUUUAGCAACUGCCUCUUCUGGUAUAGUUGCCACACUAUUACCUGGUGGUCGAACUGCACAUUCUAGAUUUAAGAUACCAAUCAAUGUAGAGGAAGAUUCAUUUUUUUCUAUAAGUAAACAGUCUGAUCUUGCGAAACUAAUUAGAGAAACCACAACAAUCAUUUGGGAUGAAGCACCCAUGACAAAUAGAUAUGCUCUGGAAGCAUUAGACAGAUCAUUAAAGGAUAUUCUAGAUUGUAAUGCUCCAUUUGGUGGUAAAAUCAUGAUAUUGGGAGGGGAUUUUCGUCAGGUGCUUCCUGUUGUUCCAAAGGGUACUAAGGCACAAAUGAUAUAUGCAUGUAUUGUUAAGUCUCAUUUAUGGCCUAUCACAAAGGUUUUACAUUUGAGACAAAACAUGCGAUCAUUACAAGAUCCUAAUUUUGCAGAAUAUCUAAUGCGCAUUGGAGAUGGUAAUGAACCUACCAAAUUGGAUGAUAUGGUCAAAGUUCCCCAUCAAAUUGAAAUAACAUGGGAAGGGGAAAAUUCAAUGCAAAAACUUAUUCGUGACACAUUUCCACAUUUAGAAUCUCAUACAUGGGAUGCUUCUUAUAUGGUAAAAAGAGCCAUACUAACACCAAAAAAUGAGGAUGUUCAAAAGCUUAAUGACAUUAUCAUCAACCAAUUCCUAGGAGAAAAACGGCAUUUGUUAUCAUUUGAUGAGGUUGAAGGGGACACACACAACUUAUAUCAACAAGAAUACUUGCACUCUAUUACUCCAAGUGGUUUCCCACCACAUAAUCUGAAGGUUAAAAAAGGUGCACCGUUGAUGUUGUUGCGAAACAUAGAUCCUAAAGCUGGCUUAUAUAAUGGAACAAAGUUAUUAUGCCGUGGCUUCUUUAUGAAUAUGUUGGAUGUUGAAAUCCUAACAGGUCAUAAUGCUGGAAAGAGAUAUUUUUUGCCCAGGAUUAAACAUAAGACAACAGAAAGUGCAGGACUUCCCUUUGUACUUAUUAGGAAGCAAUUUCCUGUGAAACUAAGUUUUGCAAUUACCAUAAAUAAGUCACAGGGACAAACAAUACCCAAUGUUAGAAUUUAUAUUCCGCGACAUGUUUUUGGUCAUGGUCAAUUAUAUGUUGCUUUGUCAAGAGUCAAAUUAAGAUUCAAGGAGAUCCUCCAGUUAUAUGAAGAGAUCAAUAGAAAGAAUUUGAAUAUGUAUUUUGACAAACAGGAGGAUGACUUUCAAAAAUUAUGGAAUAUUUGGAAGGACAAUGAUUCACUCUCAACAAUUUCUCUCAUUGACAACAAGGUUCAAUUUAAUUCAUGCUUAGACUUCAUAUUUUGUUAUUGCUUAUCUAUUUAA